AUGAGGGCACCGCCUCCCCCUAGAAGAUCGAGAGUACGGUUUUUCACAGUUUACGUUUCGCGAUUAAGACAAUUCUGCACUUUAUACAAAAUCAAGAAGAGAUGGAAGUUACACAAACUUCACACUGUAGAACGAAGGGGUUAUACGAUAGUGAGUCCACUGUCAGCCAUUAGAGCUGAUGACAUGGUUAACCUCCCUACCGGAUUGCAAAACAAAUCACACAAGAAGAAACCACUGCUAAUUGCUUCGUUUCCAAGAGGCUGCUCGAGAUCACCCAGAGUAAAGCUAUUACAGAGAAAUAGAUUAUCCAAAAUUUUUCUCUCCCGAAGGAAGUACAAUCUGAAAUAUUUUGACGUAACAGGCAUUAAAGAAAAGAACUGUUCUUCGAGGCAAAGUUGUUCUUCCUAUCAUUGUGCCCACGUAGUUCGCACAAUUAAGAAAGUUACCUCAAAAAAUGCAGAUGUAAGAGUGAUUUUCCAUGAUAACAAUACAAUCAAGAGUCAUAAUUUGCCCAUAAAUACGGAAAACAUAGAUUCACCGCAGCUUCUGGAGUUUGGGCCGCAUCAGUCGAUAAGAAUAAAGAAUUACUCGACUCUGGAUAGGAAAAAUAGGCAAGGACUCCUAUUGGUAGAUGAAACAGUAAAACAUAACAUUUCGACACCAAGAACGUGUAGCCCAACUAUUACAAGGUAUUUUGAGGAGGAACGCAUGCCUAAAGUUACUUAUAAAAAGCCCACCCCUCGGAGUUUUAUUCUAUUGACAAAAUUCAAAGAUUUAACAAUUAUUAGUCACUCUAUAAAAAUAAAUUCUUCAGAGUAG